AUGCUACCAUUGGAGGGUCGCAGCAAGUCGAUCUUUAUCGUCACUACUGUCUUUUUGGGUAUCUCGUUUAUUGCGGUUUGUCUGCGAUGCUUUGUCCGACUCAGGCUCGUCAAGGCCUUUGGCUGGGAUGAUGCGCUGAUGGUUUUCGCAAUGUGUCUCAAUGUUCUUUUUGCCUUGUGUGGAAUCACUGGCUCAUUAUAUGGAAUGGGUCAGAAAUCACUCGAGCUCCUGCUGGUACGAAAGACCAUGGAGACCGCUAUGUUUUGGUGGUGGCUAGGUCAAACUAGUUACGUCUGGACAUGCGCCGUAGCAAAGAUCUCGAUCGCCGUUGCUCUUCUCCGCCUUACCGUCAUGCGGGCCCAUACGAUCAUCCUUUGGGGGGUCAUCACUGUGACCACAGUUGUCGGCCUGGUUUUCUGGUUUAUGUUGACUCUUCAGUGCCACCCCGUCUCAUUCUUCUGGACUCGGGUUCGACUGGAGCUCGACCCGACCGCGCCUGUCCACGGCAGCUGCUUGAGUGUGGAUACCAUCAUCGAUAUGGCCUACGUCUACAGUGUUACCGCUACGUGCUGUGACUUUACCUUGGGAAUUCUGCCUGUAUUCCUUGUGUGGAAUCUCCAGAUGAAUGUUAGGACAAAGGCUGCCUUGGCCGGUAUUUUGGCUAUGGGGUGCGUUGCAAGCGCCGCGGUCAUUGUCCGCAUUCCUUAUCUGAAGGACUACAAGGAUGAGGACUUUUUGUACGCAACCUCCAACAUCUCUAUCUGGUCCAACGUCGAAGCCAGCCUCGGGAUCGCAGCAGGCAGUCUCGUCACACUCCGUCCUCUAUUCCGCUGGUUCCGCGACCCCAGCUAUAGAGGAACUCGAAGCAAGCAAACCGGCGGCAGCAUGCCGCUCUCGAGCAUGAGUGGAAAUCGCUCCGCCCCCUCUGGUCCUCGAUAUUGGCGACCCGAUUUGGACGCGGAAGACUCCCAUACUGCGGUUACAACUGUUCAUGCCUCGAGUCGAGGUAGUCGCACCAGCAGUCAGGAGGAUCUUAAUCCCACGCAGCAGACGAAUCAGGGUACGUUUUUUCAAGGCGUGAACGUGCAGAAGACAUUCUAUGUCUCGGAGAGUGGAGAAUAG